GCUGUCACCUGUGUCACAAUGGAAGAGAUGAGGAAGACUGCCGUGCAGAUGCAGAGGCCUGUAAAGACUGAGUGGAAUUCCCGGUGCGUCCUUUUCACCUAUUUCCAAGGAGACAUCAGCAGCGUCGUGGAUGAACACUUCUCCAGAGCUCUGAGCAAUGUCAAGAGCCCCGAGGGAUCGAGCCUGUCAAGCCAGAGUGAAGAUGUGAUCCUGAGGAAUGAUAGUGACAUGCCUCCAAAUCAGUGGCGUUUCUCUUCUCAGUGGACAAAGCCACAGCCAGAAGUAUCUUUUGCAAAUGGUGCUGCCAACUGCAGCUUGAAUGAGUCUGGUCCCAUGGCUAUGGAUCAGUACCCACCGUCCCUGACUGCGAGCCCCUCCAGUCAGCCUGGCGAGAUGUGGCAUUUCUCCUCCCUAGCCAGCCCCAGCUCCCCAGACCCUGGCUACUCUCAUGCCUUCUCUGCUGGGCAGCUGGUUCCAGAUCCCCAGCCUGAGGGGAAAUAUGAGCCCCUCCUAAGUCUCCUCCAGCAAGACAGAUGCUUAGCGCAUCCUCAAGAAUCUGCCAUGUGGGAGGAUUGCAACUCUGCCCAGAUAGCCGGAAGCACAGGAUCGCUCUUCAACCUGCCUCCCAGCUCAGCCCACUAUAAGAAAAUAUAUUUCCCCCCCGAUCGCGGUCCUGCCAGUGCUGGUGUUGCAUAUGAAAGUAAGUAUCUGGUUCUGCCUUUGAUAGUGUCUCUGUAUCCUGAGAACAAACUUGAGGAGAAGCUUGUAGCAUAA